AUGACUAAUCGACCGGUUUGGCCAAGCUUUUUCGACUGCAUCAGCACCAGAGUUAUACACUUCCCCGCAACUAAAGAAGAGGAAGUGUUGUCGAUCAUCAGGUUCGAAAAAAUUCCUGGGUACGGCCCUGGGUGCAUCGACGGUACUUACGUAGAGACAAGAUGCCCAGCCCACAAGAUCGCUUCCACGUACACGAACAGACACGACAAGAAAUCGUACAAUGUACAAGCAAUCUGCGACAGCGACAAAAAGUUUGUGGACGUUUUUCUGGGAAAUACGGGAAAAACACAUGACUCGGAAGCCUUCAAGCGAUCUUUUGUAGUGAAAGACUUGCCCGGGAUAUGUGAGGGAGACCAAUUUCAUAUAUUAGGGGAUGCGGCUUACCCUUUGAGGGAGUAUUUGUUAACGCCGGUCCGCGACUAUGGCAACAUCACACCAGAGGAGAUUGAAUACAACUUGCGGCACAGCAAAACAAGAGUGCGCAUCGAAAAUGCGUUCGGGCUACUCAAGGGACGCUUCAGGCAGUUAUUGUACCUAGAAUUUUGGUCCGUAAAGAGAGCCACAUUAUUCAUACUUGCGUGCUGUGUACUCCAUAAUUUGUGCAUACAAGCAGGCGACACGGAGUUGGUAGAUGAUGAGGACACUGGCUGCUCACAGAACGACAGUAAACCAAACCCAAGCGAUCUUUUCGCCAAUGAGGACCCAAAAAGGGAGAAAGUUCUUCGCCGGUUGGGUGAAUUAAAACGUAAAAAAAUAGCGCGUCGUUUUAGUCAGGCAUAG